CUGCUUUCUCGACGUUGCUCCGGCGCGUCGCCUAUCACGAGCACCAAAUCUGGUCUCGUCUCAACUCAAUGACCUCGGCGUACCAACCUCAGCAAUCUCUCGUGCUCUUUGACAUGGACCUGAAACCACCAUUAACCUCUGGUUCGCCGACGUCUUCUCACUCCGAUGUAUCUCCAGAUCCUUGUUGGCCAAGUAUGAGUGGUUUGUCAGUGAAAUCUCCACAGACGGCGAAAUUGACAUCAUCUACAGUCUCGAUUGAGGAAGAAACUGUUACCCAAUCAGAUUUGCCGUCUUCUCUUCCGGUAGUGAACAAUGGUCCUGCAGAUACAAGCCAUCAAAUAGAAGGCUCGGUUGUGAAGGAGAACAUCAUUAGUCUUCCAGUACCUCCAUCUAGCUCAAAAUCAGAGGUGGCUCCUUCCUCUAAUCUUCCCAACUCUCGUCUUGGAGCUUGGGCUCAUCCAAUCAAUCUCAAUUCUCUUUCAACAUCAAGGGUUCACUCUUCAAUCCAUGAAGUUGACGGAAGAGUAGCUAAAGACGGAUAUGUUCUAGAACUCUGGCCGUCUUUAAAAGAAUCGCAAAAUGGUCAAGUGAGAAGGGAAAUACUUGAAGCUCCAAUCUCCAAAUCUUUUCCAGCUGUGGCACAAGCUCAAAACCCGCAAGACAGGAAAGAAGAUGCUCUUCGAUUUCCAUGGGCAGCGAAAAUGAAUCCUGCUUGUAGGAAUCUCUACCGAGCAACAGAGCCUGAAUACUUAGAAGAUGGUACUCCUAAGGUAACUAUUCCAAGGCAUGUUCUCUUGCAAGGAUUACAGAAUCAAAAGGAAUAUAUUUUGGGUCAGUUCUAUAGAUGUUUGCCUCCGCCUGGAGGUUUAAUUUAUGCAGUCUUUAACAAGUUAUGGGGAAGAAAGUGUAGAAUCACUAUAAAGAAGUUGGGUGAAUCUAAUUACUUGUUUCAUGUUCCUGAUGAAGCGACUAGAACUUGGAUUCUUCAAAGGGGUCUUUGGCAUGUUGAUGACUGUCUAAUGUUUGUUGCUUCAUGGAAACCUGAAGCAUCCUUAGCUAUCCCGGAGAUCAAAACAAUCCCAGUGUGGGUAACUCUGAAAAAGAUACCCAACAUAUGUUACUCUAUUCCUGGAAUAAGUCAUAUAGCCUCUGGUUUAGGUGCUCCAAUGGCAACUCACAAACCCAGGUUAGACCCCAUUCUAAUGGGUGAAGCUAAGAUUUUGGUUGAGGUAGAGUUAAGCAAAGCAUUUCCUUUGAGAAUCGCUGCUAAUGAUGAAAACGGUUUCAUUUCCAUGGUUGAUGUGGAAUACGCUUGGCUGCCUUCGAAGUGCGGUAGAUGUGGUCAGCUUGGGCAUAAGGUCAAGCGUUGCUUACAGGAUGUCAAUGACUCGCAUUUAGUUGCUCCCGAGGUGAUUGAGACGGCUGCUAUCAUUAGCGAUGUGGUUACGACCACUUCGUUUGUCACUGUUCUUGAAUCUCCUCAGCCCGACACUACUUUAGCGCCGGUUUCAGAUAUUGAGGUAUCUCCUGACAUUCUUCUGGAUACACAUAAUGAACUGAACUCGGUUGAUCCAACUCCUGUUGCGAAAGUGGACAAUCUCAUCACACUAGCUACAAUCUCUGUUCUUGAAGACAUGUAUGCUUCCAUAGCAUCUCAACCCGAUUCUACACCAACCGACAUCAAAGAUACCAUUGAGUCUCCAGUUUUGGAGUCUGCCCAGAUUUUAUCAGUUACCAACACCUCUACUGCUCAUGCGACCUCUACUGUCCAAAAGGAAAGAAGUAGAAUAGCUGAGUCCGACCUUGGUUCUAACAAGUUUGCCUCGUUAAUCACUUUGGAAGAAGAAGGAGAUUCAACAGAUUCAGACAAAGAAAUUGAUUCUAUGAAUCUGUUGACACCUUCAGGAAAAAGGAUUCUUAGAGAGAGACCAGUUAAACCAUCCACAAAAGCUAAGGAGAUGCAUUUGUAUUCUUCGGCUCGUGGAAGAGGAAACCGAGGUCGUGGAAACCGAGGUGGACGCGGCUAG